UCUUCUGCUGUUCCCAAACACAGUAUCCCUUUCACCACAGCCACCUGUUUUCUUUAAGUCCUUCUCAGUCAGCUCGAAGCAGAAGUGCCAUCUAUGCAGACUACACCUGGCUCUCCUUUCUAUCCACGAAUGGAUCAAUACAGUCUGGCUCCACAAGCACCUUACCCUGGCAACGUUGUAGUGGUUGUCCCUCCAAACAAUGCUGGUGCAGGACAGAAGAAACUCCCAAAGGAAGCUGAUGCUCUGGGGGCUAUGCAGUUGGUUAUUGCUCUGAUACAUCUUGGUCUUGGAGCCAUCUUGCUCUUUUCAUCAAAGGAAUGUGACACAAAGAUCAUGACUGCCUGGUAUCCCUUCUGGGGGGCUGCCCUUUUCUUAAUUUCAGGAUGCCUUUCAUCAGCAGCGGCAAGAAAAUCAGUUGCAGGUCUGGAAGCAUUCAGUUACCUCUUUAACACUCUUAGUUGCCUCGGUGCACUCGCUGGAACGGGUGUUUUGGUGGCUGAUGUAAUAAAAAAUACAGGGAGAAACUAUUCCGAAGUUAAGAAGACAUCUCCCUUUUUAUCCAACUAUUUUCCUCAACAAUUUCCUAAUAUUCCAGACUAUUGCAAGACCACCGGGGCAUAUGAACUGGGAAUUCUGUGUGUGAUGCUUUUCUUCUCUUUCCUCGAAGUUAUAGCUGCUGCUUCAGUUCUCGAGAACAAGGUGAGGAUCUAG